AUGACGGGAAGCCGACCUGGUGGGGAUGCGGUGAGUACGAACGCCGACACACGGAAACGCCUCCAGUCCACACCCCUUCUCCCUUUCCUCCUCCCCUCCCCUAGUCACCGUCUAGGUCGACUGGAUCUCUCCUCUCCCAAGCUCUUGGAAUGGUGCGGAGCUGACCGCCCAGGCCACCACGUCGAGUCUGUCCUCAAGGACGUCCCCGUCGCUGACCGGUGCGACUGUCCCCACGUCCCGAUCGUGGACCUCCCCGGCCUCCGCCUCAUGAAGACGGUCAAGAAGGACCCCAACUAUGCCGGCGGCGCAUCGAAGAAGCCAGAGCUCUAG